AUGGCCUCUCCAUGGAAAUUUGCGUGUGCCCUCUGGGCUCUCGCCUCGACCGUCUCUUGUGCAGCAGCGCAGGCCACCUCCCUUACUGAACUCUGUUCCACCUCGUUCGCUCAGUCAUCACUACCUGCUGCUGACUUCUUCCCGGGACUCACAAUCGAUGCGGACUCGGUUGAGUCGACACUCGUAAGGAACGCAUCCGCUUCGAGCGAGUGGUAUCCGACUGCUUCCUUCGACUAUUGCAACAUUACAUUCGCCUAUUCGCACGAUGGUAUGACCGAUGGCGAUCGCGUCCAUGUCACCUACUGGGCUCCGGCUCCGGAAGCGUUCAAGAAUCGAUACGUGUCCACAGGAGGAGGCGGCCUCGCCAUCAACUCCCAGAAGGCUUACAUCCCGACGGGCGUUAUUGUCGGUGCGCUCUCCGGCAUCACUGAUGGUGGCUUUGGGUCGUUUGACUCCCAGUGGGAUAGUGUCUUUCUUCUCGCCAACAACACGAUCAACUGGCAGUCCGUCUACAUGUUUGGCUACCAAGCCCACCACGAGCUCGCAACGCUGGGCAAAGAGGCGGCCGGCGGCAAGGUGAUCCACGUGCACGGUGAAGCCGAUGACUCGAUCCCGGCGGGCUCUUCGGUGCACUAUUUCGAGUCGCAGCUGCAGGACUUUUACAGGCUCUUUCUCGUGCCUGGCGGCGCGCAUUGUGGGAGCAACUCGGCGCAGCCCGGCGGGGGCUGGCCGCAGACGACGCUGCAGACGGUCAUCGAGUGGGUCGAGGGCAAGACGUCGCCCGACACGCUGAGGAACACGGGCACGAAUGCUGAACUGUGUCCCUGGCCCCUGCGGCCGAUGUGGUCUGGCAAUGGCACCGAGGCCGAGUGUGUCAGCGACGCGGCGGCUGUGGCGACGUGGCAGUACGACUUUGAUGCGUAUAGGGUGCCGUUGUACUAG